AUGGUGACGUUACUUCGCACUUUAGCAGAUCAUGGUGACGAUAUCAACUGCUGUGCCUUCUCAGCACUGCACCUGGCCACCUGCUCCUUGGACAAAACGGUUCGCGUUUACUCUUUACACACCCUCGCCGAGCUGCCGUACUCGCCGCCGCGGGGCCACAGGUACGCCGUGCACUGCUGCUGCUUCUCCCCCUCGGGGCGGGUCUUGGCCUCCUGCUCCACCGACGGCACCACCAUGGCGUGGGAGGCGGGGGCCGGGCGGCUCCUGGCCGCGCCCCCCACCGCCCCGUCCCGCGCCUGCCGCUUCUCCCCGCACGGCUGCCUGCUGUCCGGGGCCGCGGACGGCAGCCUGGUGCUCUGGGACACGCGCUCCUGGAAGCCCUGCAGAUCUGGGAAUGUUAAAGAUGGUUCUUUGGUGGCCUGUGCGUUUUCUCCUAAUGGAAAUUUCUUUAUCACUGGAUCAUCAUGUGGCGAUUUAACCAUUUGGGAUGAUAAAAUGAGAUGCCUGUAUAAUGAGAAAGCACAUGAUCUUGGCGUUACCUGCUGUGAUAUUUCUUCACAGCCAAUUUCUGAUGGUGAGCAUGGAUUCACAUACUUCCAGAUGGCUUCUUGUGGUCAAGAUAAUCAGAUCAAACUCUGGCUUAUUUUAUUUACAGAUUUCUUAGGUGUGGAAUUAAAAUAUAAGUGCACACUGAAUGGACAUUCUGCCCCAGUUCUGGCUUGUGCAUUUUCUUAUGAUGGGCAAAUGUUAGUUUCAGGGUCUGUGGACAAGCGUGUCAUAAUACAUGAAACUAGUACUGGUAAUACCCUUCACACUUUGUCUCAGCAUAGCAGGUAUGUUACAACUUGUGCUUUUGCACCAUGUAGGCCCUUACUUGCCACAGGUUCAAUGGAUAAAACUGUGAACAUAUGGCAGCUGGACCUUAAGAAACCCUGUGCAGGAAAUACUGUAGAAAAUGAGUCUAAAUUGGCUGUUGAGGACUGGUCAGAGGAUGAUGUUUCAGCCUGGCUUUGUGCAGAAGACUUAGCAGACUUUGUUGGGCUUUUCAAAAAGAACAACAUUGAUGGCAAGGAACUGCUCAAGCUUACUAAAGAAAGUCUGACUGAUGAAUUAAAAAUCGAGUCUCUAGGCCUGCGCAGUAAAGUCCUCCAGAAAAUUGAAGAAUUGAAGAUGAAAAUGACCUCUGUUCCUGUUACUAUCCCUGACGAGUUCUUAUGUCCUAUAACAAGGGAGCUGAUGAAGGACCCUGUCAUUGCAGCAGAUGGCUAUUCCUAUGAACGGGAAGCAAUGGAAAACUGGAUCAGCACUAAAAGACGAGCUAGUCCCAUGACAAAUCUUCCUCUCCCCUCCCUUAUGCUGACACCAAACAGGACACUAAAAAUGGCCAUCAGCCGCUGGCUGGAGACACAGCAGAAAUGCAGCUGA